AGGAGCGCAAACACAUCAGCAAUGGAAGGACAAGUGCUAGACGGGAGCAUCGAGAUUGCAUGGCGGGAAGGAGGAGAAACGAAGAAGGAAACGAUCUCCUCUCUGUUCAAGGGCAAGAGAUCUGUACUCUUUGCUGUCCCUGGAGCUUUCACCCCUACGUGUAGCGAGAAACAUCUCCCCGGUUUCAUCGCCCAAUCGGAUGAAUUCAAGCAGUCGGGCGUGGAUCUCAUUGUUUGCUUGAGUGUGAAUGACCCUUUUGUCAUGGCUGCUUGGGCGGAGCAGCAAGGAGCAGGCGAUAAAGUGAAGCUUGUUGCCGAUGGGAAUGGUACCUUCAGUAAGUCAGUGGGGCAACUUUCAGACAAGACGGCACACAACAUGGGAAUGAGAUCCGAGAGAUAUGCGAUAGUCAUCGAUUCCGACCUCAAAGUUGAGUAUUUCGCGAAGGGUGAUGGCUCAUUUGCUGGCCCUGUGCUGGAGUUUCUCCGAUCAUCCAAGAAGUAACGGAACAAACCUUGUACAAAUACCAUCUUGGGGUUGAAGACUUGCCAUAAAAAACAAGGGUGGUGCAUAACGGUGAUCUGAAUAAACUCGACAUUUUUGAAAU